ACUUAAUCCGCAACUCCUGAAAACCCCCCGAAUCCCGUAUUUCCAGUUCAUUAUUUUUUCCCUAAUGAAGGGAGCAAAAAUAGAAAAGGAAAACGUCGAAAGCUAGUAGCCCUAAAGACCAGAGUGAGACAGUAACAGUUGGAGGUCAGUGGUAGGUCACAGAAAAUCAGUCUACGCUGAACAUUCAAGCUCGACUGUCACGUUUUUCCAUUAGAGAAUCCUAACCUCGAGGUACAGUUUUAGUACAAUGUCGAUCCAGAGCAUCAAAGCACGCCAAAUCUACGACUCUCGUGGUAAUCCCACUGUUGAGGUCGAUCUUGUGACUGAGAAUGGUCUCUUCAGGGCAGCAGUCCCUUCUGGUGCAUCCACCGGAGUCCACGAGGCUCUAGAGCUUCGUGACAACGACAAAUCCAAGUACCAUGGAAAGUCCGUCUUCAAGGCUGUUGACAACAUCAACUCCAUUAUUGCUCCCGAGUUAUUGAAGUCGGGUUUGCAAGUAACUCAACAAACAGACAUCGACAACCUCCUGCUGAAGAUCGAUGGCACACCCAACAAGUCGAAGCUGGGAGCCAAUGCUAUUCUUGGUGUUUCUCUGGCUGUUUGCAAGGCUGGAGCCGCCAAGAAAGGCAUUCCACUUUACAAAUACAUUGCUGAACUCGCUGACAACAAGGAGAUCAUCCUGCCUACCCCAGCCUUCAACGUAAUCAACGGUGGGUCCCACGCUGGUAAUAAAUUAGCCAUGCAGGAGUUUAUGAUCCUUCCAGUUGGAGCUGCCAAUUUUACGGAGGCCAUGAAAAUGGGCAGUGAAGUUUACCACCACCUCAAGAAUAUCAUCAAGAAGAAGUUUGGUCUUGAUGCCACAGCUGUUGGUGACGAGGGUGGCUUCGCUCCCAAUAUUCUCGACAACAAGGAGGGAUUGAACUUGAUCAAUGAAGCUAUCAAGGUCGCAGGAUACGAAGGAAAGAUCAAGAUUGGCAUGGACGUGGCAGCUUCAGAGUUCCACAAGGCCGGAAAGUACGACUUGGACUUCAAGAACGAGAAGUCCGACCCUGCCACCUACCUCGAGCCUAAGGCACUCGAAGCUCUUUACCUGGACUUCGUGAAGGAAUACCCAAUCGUCUCGAUUGAGGAUCCCUUCGACCAGGAUGGCUGGGACUCCUGGACUUCCAUCACUGCAGCCACACCCAUCCAAAUCGUUGGUGAUGACUUGACUGUCACCAACCCAAUCAGAAUCAAGACCGCAAUUGAGAAGAAGGCCUGCAACUGUCUCCUCCUGAAGGUCAACCAGAUCGGCAGUGUAACUGAGUCAAUAAAUGCUCACAAGCUCGCAAAGAGCGCAGGAUGGGGCACAAUGGUGUCUCAUCGUUCAGGAGAGACUGAGGACACAUUCAUCGCUGACUUGGUCGUUGGUUUGUCCACUGGACAGAUCAAGACAGGUGCCCCCUGUCGCUCCGAGCGAUUGGCCAAGUACAACCAGAUCCUUCGUAUCGAAGAGGAACUCGGAGCUGCUGCCAAGUACGCUGGCGAGAAAUUCCGCAACCCCACGGCUUAAACAGCCUUCACACAUCAAUAUCACUCCAAAAAUGUUAAUUGAUCGAGCGCAGCAAUGGGAGAUAUUCUGAAGUAAUCAUCAUUUUCAAUGAGUGAAAAUACCACUUGGACACUUUGUGGUUAAACGAACGAAGAUUCAGAUUCAGCCAUUAGUGCGAUUUCUCGCGCACGAUUUCGUUAGUUACCUACUCGCAUCUAGAAUGAUAAUUAACUCAUUUAAUUGAAAAUUAUAAUAUUUCAAGUUGAAUUUGAACGAAAUGGCGAAACGAGAAAACUUGCAAAGUUUCGAGCAGAGUUUUUUGUGAAUAUCCACGAAAUUCCACGAAAAAGAAGCUUUUGAAGAAAAUAUGAACAGAAAUAAUUCGUAGGAAAUUGAAUUUUCUAUGAAAAAUAUUCUGAGAUAUUUCUCCAAGGAGAUAUGCUCAAAAUAAUCUGUUGAUGCGCUCUGUAAUGUUUUCUUUUAUCAUUCGAUGGUUGAAAUUGAAUCAUCUUUGUUCUCUUUCGUUUCAAUGCAGGAAAGGUUCAAUGUUUAUGAGCAUGUGAUUUAUGACAUUGGAUUAUAUCAAAUUCUUGGAUGAAAAUUGAGCCGGGUGCUCAAGCUUCAGUAAUUAUCGAACAUUGAAGGAUAAUAACAUGUUGAGAUUUCGUGAGUUCCAUGAUAGUAAGAAUUGUUGUCUAGAGAUCGAUGGCAUUGAUUUAAUAAAGUGAAAAUGAAAAAUUG